AGGCUGGCGUGCGGCGGAGCCGCGUCCCCUCAGAGGGGCGCUGGCGCGGGGCUGAGCUGCCCGGGAUCAACGCGAGCACCCGGCCCGCCUCGGCUGGGAGGGCAGCGCGGCACGGCGGGGCGAUGAGCGGCGCCCGAGACGAGGGCCCGGAGGCGGGCGCCGGCGGGGCUGGGGGCCGCGCGGCGCCUGAGAACCCAGGGGGCGUGCUGAGCGUGGAGCUGCCCGGGCUGCUGGCGCAGCUGGCGCGGAGCUUCGCGCUGCUGCUGCCCGUGUACGCGCUGGGCUACCUGGGGCUCAGCUUCAGCUGGGUGCUUCUCGCGCUCGCGCUGCUCGCCUGGUGCCGCCGCAGCCGCGGCCUCAAGGCCCUGCGCCUGUGCCGCGCGCUGGCGCUGCUGGAAGACGAGGAGCGCGCUGUGCGCCUGGGGGUGCGCGCCUGCGACCUGCCCGCCUGGGUUCAUUUUCCAGACACUGAAAGAGCAGAAUGGCUAAAUAAGACUGUAAAACACAUGUGGCCUUUCAUUUGCCAAUUUAUAGAGAAGUUGUUUCGAGAAACUAUAGAACCAGCCGUGCGGGGAGCAAACACCCACCUUAGCACCUUUAGUUUCACGAAGGUCGACGUGGGCCAGCAGCCCCUCAGGAUCAAUGGUGUUAAGGUAUACACUGAAAAUGUCGACAAAAGGCAAAUUAUUUUGGACCUUCAGAUUAGUUUUGUAGGAAAUUGUGAGAUUGAUUUGGAGAUCAAACGAUAUUUUUGUAGAGCUGGUGUGAAAAGUAUCCAGAUUCAUGGUACCAUGCGGGUGAUCCUGGAACCGUUGAUUGGAGAUAUGCCCUUAGUUGGAGCUUUGUCUAUUUUCUUCCUUAGGAAACCACUUUUAGAAAUUAACUGGACAGGACUGACGAAUCUUCUGGAUAUCCCUGGAUUGAAUGGUUUAUCGGAUACUAUCAUUUUGGAUAUAAUAUCAAACUAUCUGGUGCUUCCCAAUCGAAUCACCGUUCCACUUGUCAGUGAAGUUCAAAUAGCUCAGUUGCGGUUUCCUGUACCAAAGGGUGUUCUAAGGAUACAUUUUAUUGAAGCUCAGGAUCUUCAGGGGAAAGACACUUACCUUAAGGGUCUUGUCAAGGGAAAGUCAGACCCCUAUGGAAUCAUUAGAGUUGGCAACCAAAUCUUCCAAAGCAAAGUCAUCAAGGAGAACCUCAGUCCAAAGUGGAAUGAAGUCUAUGAGGCUUUAGUGUAUGAACAUCCUGGACAAGAAUUAGAGAUUGAGCUCUUUGAUGAAGACCCAGACAAGGAUGACUUUUUAGGAAGUCUUAUGAUUGAUCUCAUUGAAGUUGAAAAGGAGCGCAUUUUAGAUGAAUGGUUCACUCUGGACGAGGUUCCCAAGGGGAAGCUACACUUGAGACUGGAGUGGCUCACGUUAAUGCCAAAUGCGUCAAACCUCGAUAAGGUGCUAACAGACAUCAAAGCUGACAAAGACCAAGCCAACGAUGGUCUUUCUUCUGCAUUGCUGAUCUUAUACUUGGAUUCAGCAAGGAACCUUCCGAGUAACCCAUUAGAAUUUAACCCCGAUGUCUUGAAGAAGACUGCAGUUCAGAGAGCUUUAAAGUCAGGGAAGAAAAUAAGCAGCAACCCAAAUCCUGUUGUCCAGAUGUCAGUUGGGCACAAGGCCCAGGAGAGCAAGAUUCGAUACAAAACCAAUGAACCUGUGUGGGAGGAAAACUUCACUUUCUUCAUUCACAAUCCCAAGCGCCAGGACCUUGAAGUUGAGGUCAGAGACGAGCAGCACCAGUGUUCCCUGGGGAACCUGAAGGUCCCCCUCAGCCAGCUGCUCACCAGUGAGGACAUGACCGUGAGCCAGCGCUUCCACCUCAGUAACUCGGGUCCAAACAGCACCAUCAAGAUGAAGAUUGCCCUGCGGGUGCUCCAUCUCGAAAAGCGAGAAAGGCCUCCAGACCACCAACACUCAGCUCAAGUCAAACGGCCCUCUGUGUCCAAAGAGGGGAGGAAAACAUCCAUUAAAUCUCAUAUGUCUGGGUCUCCAGGCCCUGGCGGCAGCAACACAGCUCCAUCCACACCAGUCAUUGGGGGCAGUGAUAAGCCUGGUAUGGAAGAAAAGGCCCAGCCCCCUGAGGCCGGCCCUCAGGGGCUGCAUGACCUGGGCAGAAGCUCCUCCAGCCUCCUGGCCUCCCCAGGCCACAUCUCGGUCAAGGAACCCACCCCCAGCAUCGCCUCGGACAUCUCGCUGCCCAUCGCCACCCAGGAGCUGCGGCAAAGGCUGAGGCAGCUGGAAAACGGGACGACCCUGGGACAGUCUCCACUGGGGCAGAUCCAGCUGACCAUCCGGCACAGCUCGCAGAGAAACAAGCUUAUCGUGGUCGUGCAUGCCUGCAGAAACCUCAUUGCCUUCUCUGAAGACGGCUCUGACCCCUACGUCCGCAUGUAUUUAUUACCAGACAAGAGGCGGUCAGGAAGGAGGAAAACACACGUGUCAAAGAAAACAUUAAAUCCAGUGUUUGAUCAAAGCUUUGAUUUCAGUGUUUCGUUGCCAGAGGUGCAGAGGAGAACGCUCGACGUUGCAGUGAAGAACAGCGGCGGCUUCCUGUCCAAAGACAAAGGGCUCCUUGGCAAAGUAUUGGUUGCUCUGGCAUCUGAAGAACUUGCCAAAGGCUGGACCCAGUGGUAUGACCUCACGGAAGACGGGACGAGGCCUCAGGCGAUGACAUAGCCGCACCAGGCAGGAGGGGUCCUCUUCAGCGUGGCUCCUCCACCUCUACCCGGAACACACCCUCUCACAGACGUACCAAUGUUAUUUUUAUAAUUUCAUGGAUUUAGUUAUACAUACCUUAAUAGUUUUAUAAAAUUGUUGACAUUUUAGGCAAAUUUGGCCAAUAUUAUCAUUAAAUUUUCUAUGUUGGAUUUCCUCUAGGAUUUCGCCAGUUCCUACAACGUGCAAUAGGGUGGCGGGGUAGCUCUUGUGUCUGUGGACUCUGCUCAGCUGUGUCCGUAGGAGCCGGAUGUGUCUGUGCUUUAUUAUGGCCUUGUUUAUAUAUCACUGAGGUAUACUAUGCCAUGUAAAUAGACUCUAUUUUUUAUAAUCUUUACAUGCUGGUUUAAAUUCAGAAGGAAAUAGAUCAAGGAAAUAUAUAUAUUUUCUUCUAAAACUUAUUAAAUUCUUGUGACAAAUAAUUUUCAUCUUUGCAGCAAAAAGUUCUCAGUGACCUAUUUUGUGGUGUUUUUUUUUUAAAAGAAAAGCUGAAAGAUUAUUAAAUGUUAGUAUGUUUCUGUCCAUUAUGAAAGAUGAAAUAAAGUAUUCAAAAUAUUAACAUUUUCAUAAAUAUAAGGAUGUAUUAUUGAGAAGUAAGUUGAAGGGCUUAUAAGGAAAAAUGUUUUAUAACUGAGUAAUAUAAGAUAUUAAGAGAAUUGUCAUGGUUCAUAAAUCACAUUGUACUAAUCUGAAAUUUCUUACAUAAAAAUGAAAUGUCAUGUUUAUUUUAAUUGCUGUUGUAACUUACUCAUGAAACAGUAUACAGACACCUUGUACUUAAACUAUAAGAACAGACUUUCAAUGUUAGCAAUUAAGCUGUUGUCAAAUAAUCA